AUGACGACGCCUUCGUCGCAAGCGCUAGCCAAGCGUAGUGCCGACACCCAACUGAUGCCACCACCGCCACCGACGAAACGCAUCAAAAGACCGUCGCAAGUGGUGGAUGAAGAUGUCUAUACCGAUGCCCUCUCACACAUCAUCGCCCGCGAUUACUUCCCUGGACUGCUAGAAACGCAAGCUCAACAAGAGUACCUGCAAGCUCUGGACUCAAACAAUAAUGACUGGAUUCGAGAUGCUGGUCGCAAACUGCAUCAGGCCAUGACUCCUGGUCCUCGGUCGAGAAGAGGCACUUCUAUGGCCCCGUCAGCGACUCCACGUGGCUGGCAAGGUGCCACGCCUAUGAGAACACCGUCUGUUGCACCUACAGUUGCCUCUAGUAGCUCUGAAGCGCUCAAGCCGCCCGUCGACACGUCGCUUUCGCUAGGCGCAUUCCAGGCCAAAUACACUUCUGAAGACAACGAAUCGUUCAACUCCCUUCUUGACCGUCAGAAUCAGAAGCGCGCCGAGAAAUAUGCUUUCUUCUACCACGGGAACAAGUUGCCAUCCAAGCAACAACUGGCCCAGCAAAAGCUGUUGUCCAACACUCCCGCUUCUCAGUCCACCGCCCUUGUUACUCGCCCUUCACAGAACCUGGACGAUCGCACUGCUUCAGUUGACUCCUUCCCUAGCCGCCAAGGGCCGCGGAAUACCCUAAUGUUCGCACCAGAGGGCAUAGAGGAUACAUUCGAGACCACAUUCGAUCGCGACCAAGCUGCUUCUGUCGCUCCUCCAAAAACUGUAUCGUAUGCGUCGACACGCUUGCCCGUAGCUCCAGGCGAAGAGCAGUCUGUUCCACCUUCACCUUCAAUGUCUGCAAUUGAUGCCGCCAUCGCCGGUCGGCCACGUCCCUCAUCGACUGAUGCAGGCUACUCUGGCGCCGAAACACCUCGCGUCAAGGGAUACGCAUUCGUCGAUGCCGAACCGCUGCCUCAUGAGCUUGACCCUCCACGAGGCAUACCCGUAUCGGAUGCUCAGGCAGAUGCAGAAGAGCGCGCCUCUGCUAUGGCCUUACUUCCCGCAGCAGAUCCUGAUGCUGCGAACAACCCCUUCCAGUUGCAAGCUCAAAGUAAGAGAGAGGAGAUACAUCAUCGACUUGUCGAAAAGUCAAACGUACAAAGACGAAAACCCACAGCUGGAAGCAGGUUGAGCGCCUUGCAAGGGCAAGACGGACGCACGCCGACACCAAGAUUCACCAGCAGUCCCGCGGUAGGACGUCAAACGCCUGGAGCAAAAAUGUCUCCGGCUGCACGUCUGUUAGCUUCGAGGAUAGGAGGACGUACACCUGGGAGGACUGACACUCUCUUCGGAAGCCAACAAUCCGGCGAUAGGUCUAGUCGUGUGUGGACGCCAACCCCAAGAGUUAAGAGAUCAACGGGAUGA